AUGAGCGUCUCUAUCCCCCCCUCACCAGGCGAGGAAACACCUGCAUUCGACCUCAACCUUCAGCACGGCCAUAAAGAUCUCGUCCAGGCCGUCGCUUUCAACACCUAUGGUGAUCGCUGCGCAACUGGCUCUGUAGAUGGCAAGAUUCGUGUCUUCAAUCGCCACAAGGAUGGCACAUGGCGUCUUUGCGAUACCUGGACUGCGCAUGGCGGAGAGAUUCUAGAGAUUCAAUGGCUUCCUGCCACUGUGUAUCCCAACUUGAUCGCCUCCCUCGGUAUUGAGGGCUGGUUUCGACUCUGGGCUGAGGAUCCUUCCGCUGCGCCUGGUCGAAGGUUUUGUACUGGGCGUGCUGGUAACGGGAAACCCGCGUUUGAUACGCGAUCUAACAAAGCUCCUUACCGAUCUUUCUCAAUGAAGCAUAAUGAAGAGACACGGCAUACAUACCUUGCUCUUCUUGCGACUGAUGGUCGUUUAACAGUAUACGAAAAUGAUCAGCCUGAGAAUCUUUCCGAAUAUGCAUCUAUCGAUGAGUUUAGCGUUGCGCCAAAGCCAAAUCGAGGAGAGGAGCUGGCGUUCCGCGUUCGUUUUGACCCAAAUCCAGAGCCCUGCUAUACAGCUCUGCGAGCAGGCGUACCCUCAGACUCUCUCGGUCUUGUAGUCGCCGCGAUGGAUACCGUCAAGGUAUACCGAUCGCGCGACAUCGUGGCAUCAUCUAUGGGUGUUCAACAAACGCAAAAGGAGUUCUAUCUUGCUGUAGAAUUGCCUGGCCAUCGAGGAUUAGUUCGGGAUGUAGCGUGGGCAUCAGGAAAUAUUAGAGGUUACGAUGUUAUAGCGACGGCUUGUCAAGAUGGUUAUGCACGUGUCUUCCGUAUCGAGACACCGUACUCUGACGACGAUGGGAAGUCCUGGUCUGCAGCUGAUCUUCUACGAUCUGCCCCUCACCAAUCAACAAGAGAUUCUACGCCUCAAACGAGGACCAACGGGACAGCGACACCGACAGAGAAGCAAUCGACGACUCCGCAGCUCCAGCCCUCGCACAGCUACCAUCAACACCACAAUUCUAGUCUCAGCGCAAGUCUGGCAAAAUCAGGCUCCCAUAAUGAUCGCCAAUGGUCAGGUCAGCCAGGUCAGGUAAAGCACAAGUUCGAGGAGAUCUCCAAGCUAGACAACCACCGCACCCCUGUGUGGCGUGUUGGCUUUGAUGACGAUGGCCAGAUCCUGGGCAGCACAGGUGACGAUGGACGGCUGCUGUGCUAUCGCCAGACGCCCAAUGGCGCAUGGGCCAAAAGCUCAGAGUUGGCGGUGCAAAAAGCACGUAUGGCUACUCCAUGA